AUGGCCUCUUUGGCUCGCACUGGAUCAAGUGGUAGAUCCACAGGUGCCAUCAUGAGGUCCGCACAUUUCUACGGGGUCAACGGAAUUGUCAUCUGUACAAAGAACAGUAUUAACCGACCGAACAGCGCGCCUUUGUCGGCAGUGACAGCAAAAGCAAGUUCAGGUGCCCUCGAGAUCAUGGACGUGUACGAUGUCGAUGACCUUGCAAAAUUUUUAAAUAAUUCUUCGAAAAAUGGAUGGGUCACAUAUGGCACUGUCGCCGUUAACAACUGCAACAACGAAAACUCGAGCAAUCUGAUUUCUGUAAACGACUUGAGCCAACCGUUGACUCAACACCCGGCGAUAUUGGUAAUUGGAAGCGAAGGCGCAGGACUCCGUUCGAAUGUCGCAAGUAUCUGUAGCCACAUGCUCUACAUCCCAUCUUACAAUAAGGCGAAAUCGAGAUAUAUAGAUUCUUUGAAUGUUAACGCAGCAACUGCCGUGUUGCUACAGGCGUUCCUAGGACAUUAA